ACUUGUUGCGGGUCUUGAGGUGGCGGCGAACCCACAUCGUGUGAUAAACUAGGACAAGGUUUUUACUACAUCUCUAGCAGGCAAAAGUUGUGCGAAAGGAAAUAAAAGAGGAACAAUGGAUACAGAGGAACAGAAUUACGGAAGGCAGAACGGAAGUAAAUUCCACCCCAACGGCAUCGCUGAUGAAGGUUAUCUACAUCAGCCGGAGACCCAGGAUGAAGAAGAGAUCGAUAUGGACGAAGGCGAGCAAGACGGAGAGGAAGGGGAAGGGGACACUAGCCUGGAACAGCCACAAGACUACCAGGAACAAGGCUACGACCAGGACUACGACCAUGGACAGAAAGACGAUGACGCGACUGGACCGGAAGUGGCUCCUUACCAGGACGGAUCCUCCGUGGACGUGGCGGCGGCGCAACCGUUCCCCGAGCCGAGGGCGGAGGUUCAGAUCCAGGUGGAGGCCGAGCCCAGUGUUCAGGCGCAGGUGCCGACCACGACGGGGGAGAGCACCCCCACGCCAACCUACGCCCAGAGUUCUGCCCCUGUCACCCCUGACGGCAAGCCCAGUACGACCUCUACACCCAAGUCCUUGAAGGAUCGAAUCAGUGAAA